AUGGCUCCUUUCUCUCCAGCGGGUGACCUGUUCAGCCUCACAACCCAAACUUCCCUCCCCAUCAAUCAAAUCUUCACUGCCCCGCCAUCGCGUCGCGGGUUUCCCCAGAUAUCACCACGAACAUCUCGUCAACUUCAAGAAAGGCCCGAAUUCAGUAUGCUCAGGAAAUGGUACACCGGCAACUACGAGGAAAUCGCAACUUAUAAACGAGGCAACAUGGAAGCUGGCGGCUUUGAGCGCAUCCUGAUGAAAGAAUUUCCUCCAUGGUUUGACUGGGUCAAACCACUCCGCAGAAACAUACGGCGCAUACUAUUUCCUCAUGGGGCGGAAGGACUUAUAGUUGGAACUCCGCAAGACCCAAAAAGGCUAUAUGAUCCUACUAUUAAGGCGUAUGAUGAUGAUGCGAUAGCUCUGAUUGGAACCGAAGAGGUUUAG